AUGUCGGGCAGCACGGCGAGGAAGGUGCAACCCUUCACCAUCAGCACCAGGCUCUCGCUGCCCAAGUGUGCCGCCGACUUUCCCGGGGCCGCCUGCCCCGGCAUCGCCCUCGCCUCCGCCCUGGACAGCCACCGCGGCCUCCGCCGCAGCAUCAACGAGCGCAUCUCUCUCUACCUGGCCCACCCCCGCAGCCCCGGCCCUGGCGAGGACGGGGGCACCGACGAGGACCGGCUGAACCGCAACUCCCUAGCCCGCUCCAUUAAGAAGAUCACGCUGUCCAACCGUUACGGGGAGGCUGGUGCGGGGAACGCGGGGAGACCUGGGGACCCUGCCCGGGUCGGCAGCGAGAGGAACCACAACAACAACAACAGCAGGACAGGGAAAGCUCAGUUCAAGGUCUUUCUCAGGAAGGACGUGGAUGCAGAGGAUGAGCAGCAGGAGCCUGGGAAUCUUCAGGCCAGUGUUUUCCGCUCUCCAGUGGACAGAUGUUCUCCCUAUUAUGUGCUGGCAGGAUCCCCAGUGUCGUCACCCCAGAAAGAGAGUCCUAAGGGCAAGGAAUCCACUGCAGCACCAAGAUGCAGUGGGCGAAGCACAGUGGGAGCAGCCCUCCUCCUCGACCCAAGUCCUCUGGUAGCCCAGUUCAACCGGGAGAUGCUGCAGGCGGAGGGCUGGGUGCGAGGCAAGUUGCGGGACCUAAAGGACGGCUGUGAUCUCCAGGACUGGGAGGAGGUGGCUCAGACCUUGCAGCGGGACAUGAAGGAUUUUGAGAACACUCUGAUAAAGCUCAACCAGAUGGGUGAGCAGCUGAUGUGGCAGGCAAGCCCCAGUGCUGAGGCAGUGCGGAGGCAGCUGCUGGCCCUGCAGGGUCAGUGGCAGCUCCUGAAGCAGACAGCUGCCAGCCAGAGCAAAGCCCUGGGUGGGCUACGGAGUCUGCAGGACUUCAACAGGAAAGCUGAGCGGCUGGAGGCAUGGAUCAAGCACAAGGAGGAGAAGCCAUCUCUGGCAGCCCUCCUACAGGAAAGCCCAGACAAGAUCCAGCUCACCCGCCGCAUCCUUGACUUGAAGCAGGAGGAGCAGCAGUUCCAGAGUCUGCACAAGGAGGUGAACAGCCUGGCCCAGAAGCUGGAGAAGCAAGGCAAAAGUGAGAGCAGGAACAUCUCAGCCCGGCGCAAACACCUCAACAAAACGUGGCUGCGGCUGCAGGGGACUCUGAAGGAGCACCACGAGACUCUGCAGCUGGCCCUGGAGGUGUCCGCCUUCUUCCAGCAAGCGGAUAUCCUGCUCGGGGCCAUUCAUGCGAAGCACAGCAGCAUCUGCGGCACAGGGAAGUCAGUGGAGGGUGUGCCAUGCCAGGAUCGGGAUGUCAGGGACAUAGCCAGCCAGGUGAUGAUGCUGGAUGUGACCGUGUCCCAGCUCCUAAACCUGCAGCCCAGCCUGGCAGCCCAGGUCACCUCAAAGCACCAAGAUGUCAAGGAGAGCUGGGCACAGCUCCAGCAGGCACUGAGGUCAGAGAAGGCUCCAGCGCUAGCAAACAUUUCCCCAGGGAGCAAAGCUGUGGCUCUGAAUGUUGAGCCCCGAGGAGAUAAUAGCAGCCAUGGGACUGUGGGAAAGGAAGCAGGAGCCAAGUGGACAAGAGGACUCGGGAGCAUGGUGGCAACAGAUGUGCUGGGGAAGAUGGCAGAGCACAAGAGAGGGGAGGAGAGCAGCCCUUGCUCCCCAGUGGGACAGCCCCCUCAUGGAGGGGACAACAAAAGGAGGAGGAGAGAGGCAGAGACUGAGAGGGGAAUGCAGCAGCUGGAGGUCCAAGUGCAGGAUGUCUGCCAGGCAGUGAACACACAGACUCUGUCCCUGUACAAUGAGAGUGUGGGUCCUGGAGUCUCCCCAUGUCCUGUGGAGAGCCUGAAGGCAGCACAGAUACAGCAGAAGCCCCUGGACCACAGCUCCAGUGUCAGGGCUGUGCUCCUGGAGGGGCCAAUGCCAGGGAGGCCCCCGGGGAGCCCAAAGGUGAAGGCCAUGCUGCGAGAACUGGGGGAGUUGUGGGAGGACCUGCAGAGGAAGCACCAGGAGAAUGGCAUUGUGCUGCGAGAAAUUGAUAAGGCACUGAGGCUGGUGGGGGAGCUGGACCAGGCUGAGCAGUGGCUGCAAGCUGUGUCAGGGUCGCUCUCAGAACCAGCCGCCAUGAGAAGCCCGGCGGAGCUGCGCCAGGACCUGGAAGAGAUGGGCCAGCUGGAGAAGCAGCUCCUGACGUGUGGCCUCAAGCUGCAGGCACUGCGGGAGGAAACAGCAGGCGAGUCGCCCACUGAGCACGAGGGGGCGAGGAAGAUGCAGAGGAAAGUGGAGAUGGUGGAGGAGAAGUUGGCACAUGUGCAGGCAGCCCUGCGGCGCCGGGCAGCAGAUCUGCGGGACUCCCUGGUGCUGUCUGAGUUUCUGCAGGACCUACAAGAAGAGGAGGCACAGAACCAGCAGGGAUCUGCAGCGCCAGGGAGCAGGUGUUGCAGCUUGCAGGGGUCUUUUCCCCUACUGUCAGCCCAGGCUGAGCAGCCUCCGAGCAGUGAGGACAUGAGCAGCCCCUUGGGAGAGUUGCAGGAGGCUGUGGAGAUGCUGAAUGAUGCAGCGAAGGAGCGGGAGCGAGUCAUGGAGGUGGCAGCGGAGAUGGAGAGCCUGGAACAUCUGGUGGCAGAGGUAUCCCCUCAGCUGGAGGCCCUUCGAUGCAGAGCCAAGGUGUUGGCUCAAGACAUUGCUCGAGCAGAGAGCAGCUUCACCACGGUGAAGAGCGAGAAGGACCUCCAAGGGCUGCAGGGCUUGCUGAGCCACCAGCAGGAGAUGGAGCAUGCAGUGUCAGAGACCCUGCAGGGACAGUUGGAGGAGCUGGAGAGGGCAGCUGCCCACUUGCAAGAGUUAUGCCCCACUCAGCAGUGCCCCACCAGCCGGCAGGUGCAGGAGACGCUGUGGGCGUGGGCAGGGCUGCGAGAGCUGCUAUGGGAGACUCGGACCCGAGUGCAACAGGCCAGCCGGCUGUGGCACUUCUUCAAGGAUUAUUUAGCCAUGAUCUCCUGGACAGAGGACACACGGGCUCAGAUCUUCUCUGAAAGCCCAAGCAGCCCCAGCCUCCCAAAAACUCCAUGUGAAGAACUGGAGAGGAGGAUCGAAGAGAAGCUCAAGGAGUUUGAGACACUGGCAGCAUCAGGGCAGCAGCUGGUGUCUGAGGAGCACUACCUGAGUGCAACAAUAAAGGAGCGCUUGGAGGAGCUGCAGAGCAUGCUGGGCUGGGUGCUGGUGCGCUGGCGAGCACAGAGGCACCAGCAGGACCUGGAGAGCAAGCAGGAGGACAGGAGGGACCCAGAGAGCCCCUCAAGCACAUCCCUUACCAGCCAAAAGCAGCACAUCUCAUGUGCACUGUCCCAUCUGGAAAGUGUCCACAACCCAGUGGAGUUCAUGCCCUGCUCCCUCCUUGAGCCUGUGCAAAGUUCAGAGCCAUGGCUGCUGGGGGAAACAGCCAUCUCCGCACUGGCAUCACCCCUCUCAGAAGCCCCAUCAGGAGUGGAGCAGAGCUGGGGGACACCCAGCAGCAAAACACCUCGUGGUGCAGGACCCCCCAAGGAGCCUGUCACCUUGGAUCCUGCUGAGACCUCCACGCUGCUGCUGCCACCGCGGGGCCCCAGUGGUCUCGGGGGGACGGUCAACCUCAUCCUCAGCGUUGGCAAGAAGGGUGAGAAGAAGAAGGCACAGCCGCUGGCCGGCGGCGAGCGGCCAGGGGAGGAGGCACUGCGGACGCUCCCCGCCACUAAACUCUCAGGCUGUAAAACCUUUUGGAAGCGUUGCCAGGGGCUUUUAGGAAACACUUGGGGUAGUUUAAAGCGAAAGAGAAAGCCACCUCACCAGCCAGUGGAAGAGGUGCAGGUGGAGGCCAGGAAAACCUCCACCGCAAAGCAGCCACCCGCUGUCGUCCACCGCCCUCCAGCAUCCGGCAGUGGGAUGCCAGCUGUCUCCCACACCAUGCCUAAGGCUGGGGCUGGCUUCCUCUUCAACAGCCUGCAGCGGCGGGAGCAGGCAAGGGCAGAGCAGGCCCAGCUGCUGACGCUCCAGGGCAUCAUGGGCGAAAGCUCCCUGCGGACCACACCGGAGGAGCACCAUGGCCCCAGCAACACGUGGCCUCAGAAGUGUGGUCGGAGGAAGGGGGGGCUGGGGGCAGCUGCUGCUGGACCCCAGCUUGGAGAGCUGCUGCUCUAUGUCAGGAACCCACUGGUGCAGGACAUUGAUGCCGAAUGCGGGGCAGCCCCCCGGGACCCCUGCCUCUCUGACCCGAAAACCACAUGUCCCCGCCUUUCCCUGGGCUCAGUUCUCAGCCUGGAGCUGCCCCGGGAUGCAAUGGUCCUGGGGUGCCACCGAAGGGCUACAGCAUGGCAGCAGAAGGCAGAGGGGCAAGAGCAGAGGCAGAGUGGGGGGAUGAGGCCAAGGGAGCCCACAGGCACACAUGGGGUUGGAUGGCAGGAGGAGGUAGAUAUGGAUGGGUGCAGUCCCCAGGGACCCAGCAAGAGUUUGGGGACAUCCUCCAAGAGUGAGCGAGGAACGUGGUUCGAGGAGGUGAGCUUCAACCCCAGCUACAGCCAGCACAGGGCAUACCGUGCUGGGGAGGAGCACCAGAUCCUGCAGCACUCCAGCAGCAUUGGUAAAGACCUCCUGGACUUGAGGCCAAGCCAGCCGUCCCAUGUCGGCAUGCAGCAUGAGUGGGUCAGUCGAGAGGGGGAUGAGCUGGCCACCCAGCUUGGCCAGGAUGGCAGCCCCAGUGCCACUGGCAGGGCCAGGCAUCACAAAGCCACUCGGCUGGAGCUUGGAUCAUCCCCUGUGAGAACCCCAGGCAGGGCAGGAGCCAUCCCUGGCCCUGCCUCCACACCACGGCCAGCCAGCAGCAGCCAGCCCAGAAGGUCCUCGGCUUCCCCCACCGCCCCUACCCAGCUCUCUGUUUUUGAGUGGGCACUGGCCUCUCCACAGCCUCACAGCCCUGUGCUGGGCACUGAGGAAGUUUGCCAUCCUGCCCAUGGCCAGUUUGAGGAAGAGGAGGAGGAGCUGCAGGCCAUCUGGGAUGGGGCAGAUGAGCAACGGACACAGAGUCCACCAGGAGGCAGCUGUGCCAGCCAGCGGACAGGGAGCAGGACAGGCAGCUUGCCCAGCCCCAACACCACUGUUGGUGGGCCCCUCAUCCUCUCAUCAGCCAACAACGUGCUAGUGGCCCAAUUCACCCUUCCCACCACUGCCCGGCUGCUCUGCAGCCCGUCAGGAGAGAAGAGCCCCAAAGUGGUGCACAGUGGCAGUGGCAGUCCCACUGGGCUCAAGGUUUCCCCCCACUUGGAGGAGCUGAUGUCUGCAGUCCCCUUGGAUGGCUCCAGUGCCUGGGAUCGGCGGAAGCAUGGGCAAGAAGAAAGAGAGAGCAGCAAUGUUCUUCCGGGUAAAAUGGAGUUUCAGAUGAUGGAGGGGACACUGGAAAGGAAGCACGUAUUGCAGACAGGAGGGAGAAAGGCCAGCUGCCGAGCCUGGGGCCUCUUCCAUGCUGUGCUGAUGAGGCAGACACUGUGCUUCUACCAGGACCGCAGGGACAGCCUCAAGAGCUCCGUGGUGGCCCUUCCCCUGAACCUCUCUGGAGCAAUCUGCACCCCAGAUGCUGAGUACACCAAGAAGACCAACUGCUUCAGGCUUCAGCUGCAGGAUGGCUCUGAGUACCUCCUGAGGGCCCCCUCCCAGCCCCUCAUGAACGAAUGGGUCUCAAAGCUGCAGCAAAACUCAGGUUACCCUGAAGUGGAUUACUUCCAGGCAGUGGCACAGUGUGUCGAGGGCACUGGUGGUACUGGGGGUUUCAGCAAGGUCCCCAGCCCUGGGAGCUCCCACCUCCAGGGACACAAUCAGGUCAUGACCACCAGGAGCCAGGAGAUCGUGAUGUUACCCUGCUCAAACACCCGGCUGCAGAGGUCUCUGGGCAGCCAGGAUGGCCCAGCCAAGGGGACUGUGGCAGCAGCAGAGGAUGCUCAGGGGGCUGGGCACAAGGAGCAGCAGUGGUCACCCAGGGGGUCACCCAGGCUGUGGGACAACAUCUGCCAAGAAGAUGACUAUGGGCUGGUGACCAACAAGAGGAGGUCCUAUUCCUUCACCUCAGCGACCUACCAGAAGAUCACCCCAGUGGUCAUGCCCAAGGAGCCAGUGGAGGCCGGGAGCAGCUACUCAGUCACCCUGUACAUCGGGGAGCAAGUGCCAGCCAUGCCCCGGGCACGCUGUCACUCCUUUGUGGCCCAAACAGGGAGCCCCCGGGACACGCUAGGGGAGAAGACCACCAGCCCCCUUCGCCCCAAGAACAAAUCUGUUUUCAAGAAGUUCUUUGGGAAGAAAGAGUGAGCCCCGGCCACAGGGGAAAAAGGUCCUAGCCUGCCUUUUAUCCUUCUCUGGGUACCAUCCUGGCAUGGUCUCUGCUCCCAGCACCAGUUCACAGCUCACUGCCUCCCCACAGGAGAGAGGCUGUGUCAAGCAGCCCCACUUCAGCCAUCCCCAGGGCUGCACUGUGCCCCAGCCACCACAACCCCUGGCCUCAGCCUGGUGCUGAGCACCUCUCCUGCCCAGUGCUCUCUCUGAGUGCCACUGGCUCCCCAGGCAUCCUGACGACACACAGCACAAG